GGGCAGCCGCGAGAAGCGCCAGACCGCCGUUCGCAUCAGCCGCGGUGUGAGACGGUUUCAAGAAUUGGGAAUUUUUCUCGCUCUCAUACCGUGCGGCUCGCCCACCCGACAGUGCGAGAUAUAUCAACACUUUCCCUUCCUCUUCUCCCCUCCGCGAAAGAAGACAAACAAAACGAAGAAUAUACACGGAACCAGAACGAAGCGACUUUUCCACGGCGGGUCUGCUACCAGCGCAAGGUUUGAGCGCCCAAGAACCGGAACAAGCAACGGGUGGUCGGACACUCGACUCAUCGGCAACUCGGCCGUCGACGUUUUUGUGUGAACUGUCGCUUCGUCGCCUCUCCCAGGAAGUCGGUUGUCAGUCAGAGGACGCGUUCCCGGUACGCCCGCAGAGUCUUCUAGACUCCUCCCCGAACAGAGUGCUGCGGUGGCGAUGAGGUGUGCUCAAUCCUCCCAUCCGCUGCUGCGGCCCUGGCUGUUGCUGGCGCUGCUGGUGACGGACGCGGCCUUGGGGGCCCGCCUGGGAGGCUCCAAGGCGAGCCUGGACCUGUCCGACCUUUGGAAGCGUGGCCCUUUGUCUCUGCGGAGCAGGGGUCCCGUGCCGUCGCUCAGCAUGCACAGCCGGGACCACAUGCCGUCGCUGUCGAUCGUGAGCCCGCUCGACGUGCUCCGCGACAAGAUGAUGCAGGACAUCAUUGAGCGGAGCAUCAAGAACAAGAUCCAGGCCAACGACAAGAUCCUCAAGGACCUGGGCAAGAGGAGCGCACCUCCGGCCGCCAUCGGAGAGGAUGUGGCCGUUAGUCUGCUACGGCGCGACGACGACAGAUCUUCCUUCAGCCCACAGGAAUCCUUCUCGGACGAACUUCUCUGAAGAUGGUCUCGCAAGAACAAAUCUCAUCUCUAGGAACUCCGGAAAAAGAAAGCAAAUGCGUCAGAAGAACGAGAUAUGGUUCCUCCUCCGACCCCAAA